AUGUUCUCGCAAUCUCGAUCUCGGACAGCUUUACAUUUAUUUUGCUCAGCAGGGACGUAUUUUGCGAUAUUUUUUGUCGCUGGGGUGGAAUCGAAAAUCGCCUGGUCCUCAAUCGACUUAUUCGACAAUUUGAUUUCCACUGAACAUGAAAACGUGCGAUGGUAUGAACUUGCGACGGCAAUACAAGAACUCAAACAAUGGCCGAAAUACUCUGGCCCAAUAACCAAAGGCGGUGUCAAUGUGAAGCCACCAAGACUGGCUAAGCCAUGGGAAGAACUCGCGGACAUGGCUCUUGGGGUUAUAGAAGACGUAAGGGUCCAACUAGAGCCCGUGGAUACCGACAUGGAAGCGCUAGAUCGCGCGUCGAAUUUACUUCAGGAGCUUAAACUUGGAUCUGUACUCGAUGUCAUAAGAGCGCUCGAUACCGUUGAUGGAUAUUUUACAAGCUUUCCUAAAUGGAUAGCUGGGUUGACGGGAUUGAUAACUUACGUGGAGACUUACGAGAAAAACCCUAUGUCCGUGGUUUUUUGGAUGUUCGGCGCGAGUCUUGGUCGUCUGACAUCUGGCGGGGAGACGAUGAUUAUAUGGCAAACCAAUCAUCCUUACGAAAUCCUCUCGAUGUUUUCACGUCUUCAACUCGAGCUCAUGGAAGCGGGUGUGGAUAUCCGGAAAGGUUCGGAGUUGGCAGAAGCGCUCGCGAUAGACUUUGGAAAUAAGGAGUGGCUUGCCUUACAAGAGAUGAUAACAUAUUGUACCCAUUAUGCAGGAGCGGCUAUAAGAACAAUAUCAGCUAUCGAGGCCAUUAUGCAGACGAAAGGGUUUAAGUCACUCUACCAACAGAGUGGUCUUAUGUAUCCAAUACCCAAGGAGCUCGAGGAAUUUUAUGAGAAGUACAAAGGCAUUCCGCCAGAGAAACGAAGAAUGACACUAUUGGAGGACGUUAAUACGAUGUCUGAAAUUGAAGCAAUGAGGAUAGAUAGUUUAGACACAAGCUCUAUAUGGCUGGAUAUCUAG